AUGAUGACGGACAACAUUGUCGCCAGCCUACCACUGGACGAAUUACGCAGCAUAAUGCGCAGUCUUUUGACUAUACACCCGUCGGUAACUCCAGUCUUUGAGGAGCAAACGCGGAACUACCUCGACGAGACUACGUCAAAGUACAGCAAGAUCGCGAAUGCAGCCUCGACACAUCGAGGCUCUUUGUGCACUUACAGAACCGCAUACGCUGAAUGGUUGGGUGUGGACUAUGCUACCAGGCUUUGCCGUUACUGCUCUGACAGCGAUUCAGAAGACCUUGCUCAUGCAUACAGGGACAAGGGCCUCACGGUGGAAGAUACGAAGUCUCUUUGGGACCUUCAAAGAGCCCUUCCAUCCUGCCGUGAGGUAUGGGAAGGCCGAGGAGGCCAGUUUCCCUCCCUCGUACGGAUCGCGGAGACAUUCACACUCGACGCCGACGUUCAGCUUCCCCGUAUCUUCACGGGUCUAUUGCAAAUCUCUAGUCUGGCUUGGGGCUCUGCGUCGCGUGCAAAUAUUUUCGAGCAGUUUUCUCGCUAUGUCUCGCGGGGAUUCACGGCUUUCAAUAUGGCGGACUACUACGGCGAUGCGGAGAUCAUAUUCGGUCGAUAUCGUUCGUCGAGUGCAUACGCCGACUCGAUUUUCGCAGCGACGAAAUACUGUGUGUUCCACCCGAUAACUCUCUCUGAGGAGGCCAUGCGAGCAAGUUACGAAGACGACCAGUAUAUCAUGGCCCUACAAUAUCUCCAGCAGGACCCACGGGCCCAGCUCCUCGGCCUCUGCAACUUUGACACGAAGCAUAUGCGACGAGUUAUCGAGAGUGGCGUCAAGAUCGUCAGCAACCAGGUUCAGGUUCGUACCGAUACUAGGUAUACUUCUAUCGAAGCGAGCGCAGCUGACAACGACCAGUUCUCUCUCAUCGACUCUCGCCCAAUCGUCAAAAUGGCAGGUUUCUGCUCAGAGCACAACAUCAAACUUUUGACUUACGGAACCCUCUGCGGCGGCCUCCUAGCCGAAAAGUGGCUCGAUCAGGCGCCACCGGAUCUCUACAGCGAGAAGAUAACGCCUAGUCAGCGCAAGUACUACGCCUCUAUUCGCACAUGGGGUGCGUGGCCGCUUUUCCAAGAGCUGCUGCGUGUUUUAAAGGUGACCGCGUAUAAGCACAGUGUGACCAUCUCGAAAGUCGUCACGCGGUGGGUUCUUGAUUUCCCGUAUGUCGGCGCGGUAAUUGUGGGAUGCAGGAUGGGUGUCAGCGAACAGUCAGCUGAGAACCUGGCGAGUUUGGGGUGGUGUCUAGACGAGGAGGAUAGGCAGAUGAUUGAGGGUGUGAUGCAGAGGAGCCAGAGAAAGGCGAUGUUUGAGAGUUUGGGAGACUGUGUCGGGGAGUAUCGGUAG